CCCAGUGUGUAAAAAGACAUCCAACGCUUAUUGAUGAUAUUAAAUGAAGUAACAGAAUAAAUUCAUCUUGAUGGCGGCUACCAUAGGGAAAAAAUGAAAUAUAGCAUCGGUCAUAAAAACGAGACUUCACGAUGGACAAACCUCCGAGCCUUACGAGCAGGAAGAACAGCGUCGCCAAGACCUCUUCGGCGACGAGCAGCAGAAACAAGAUAACACCUGUCAACGACGUAGUUGAGAAGGUCAACGAAGACAGGCGAGUGGUGGUGUGGUACGGUGGAGAUAGUGUGGAGACGACGUCGACUACCCUUCCCACAAACGACGAAGCGUGGACGGAAAGCCCUGAACCGUACGCCGACGAUGGCAUGGCCGCCAACAAGGACCGACGGACUUCGAGAGGUUCGAUACACCCAGGAGGAGCCACUCCGCACAUCAAAGACGCUUUCGGUAAGUCGGUUUUAUAAGUUGAUAAAUCAAGCAGGCGAUUUAACCGACGUGAUUCCAUUUACUUCA